UACGGGCGCAGUACGAUGAUCGCGGCCGUGGUGUUGGGACUGCUUCAAGCGGCUGCGGCUGCGGCUUCCGGCCAGUUCCGGUUGACCGUAUUGCACACCAACGACCUCCAUUCGCACUACGACGAGACUUGUCGCGACGGCCGGCCCGGUAGCCCGUGCGGUGCGGCCGGCGGCUACGGCGGUUUUGCCCGGUUGCGCGCCGCGCUGGACGCCGAACGUGUCCGGGCGGUCGCGGACGGCGAGCCGGCCGGCGUCGUCCACCUUAACGCCGGCGACACGUUCAAAGGCACGCGAUUCUACGACGUGCUCGGCUGGCAGGCGGCCGCCGAUCUGAUCGGCAAUCUCGGCGUGGACGCCAUGUGUUUAGGAAAUCACGAGUUCGAAGACGGUCCAGAAGCACUGGCACCGUUCCUGAAGUCCAAAAACAUAAGUUCAAUACCAAUAGUCGUUGCAAACAUACACACGGAAGAAGAACCGAGUUUAACGAAUAUUCAACCGUCUACGGUUCUGACGGUAGGAGGGCACACCGUAGGCGUGAUCGGUUACCUGACACCGAACACGGAAUUUAUGAAUAAAGUGGGCAAAGUUCGGAUAACCGACGAACUUCAGAGUGUCAGGACUGAAGUGGCCAAGUUAAAAAACGCCGGGGUGGAGUUCAUAAUAGCUCUCGGGCAUUCUGGUCUCGAAAUCGACAGGCAGGUGGCCAGAGAAGUGGACGGCGUUGACGCAGUCGUCGGAGGGCAUUCGCAUUCAUAUUUGUAUAGCGGACCACCGCAGGACACAGAAACGCCGGUGGGGCCAUACCCCGUGAUCGAAAAAAGAGGUGAACAAAUUGUGCCCGUAGUGCAAGCAUAUGCGUUAUGCAAAUACUUGGGGAAAUUGGUUUUGACUUUCAACAGUGAAAAGCGUUUAGUCAGUGCCGUCGGUGCGCCAAUUUUUUUGGACCAAACCGUUCCUCAAGAUCCGAAAAUGUUGGAAAAAGUCGAAUACUACAAACAAGUAAUGGGAGAACCACCUACCGAUAUAGCCAUCGGAAAAACGCAAGUGUUUUUGGAUGGCAACUGUAAAUGCGCGGAGACCAAUUUGGCCAAUUUGAUAACCGAUUCUUUUAUACGCAUAAAUUUGAAAAAUUUGUUAAAAAACAACGUGACUUUAAGAGGCUGGACCGAUGCCGCUGUAGCGAUUACACUAAGUAGUAGUAUUCAGAGUUCAAUAGAUGCUUCAAAAUCACAAGGUAAUAUAUAUGAAGCUGACAUUCAGCGAACAUUGCCAUAUAAAACUUCUCUAUGUAAGGUGACCAUUACUGGAGCGACGCUGCUAAAAGCACUAGAGCACAGUGCAUCCAUGUAUGAUUAUGCAAACUGUUCAGUUCCAGAAAAAAAUAUAUAUGGAGGUUUCAUGCAAAUGUCAGGAAUGCACGUCACUUAUGACAUUAAAAAUGCCGUGGGUUCACGGGUACAGUCUGUGAAGAUUCAGUGCUCAGAAUGUAAGUUGCCAUCUUACGAGCCAAUUGAUCUGGAAAAAAAGUACACGAUAAUCAUGACUAAAUACAUGGCAUACGGCGGAGAUCAGUAUAAAAUGAUCAAGGAUGAACUUAUUAGCAUUAACAUUUUAGAAUUCUUAGAAACAGACGCCUUAUUAUCGUAUGUCAAAGAAAUCACACCAAUUUAUGCUGAAGUAAAUAACAGAGUCAAAGUUUUGAAUUGUAAAUGAAGAGAAUCGUAUAAUAUAUUAUAAUAUCAUAAUAA